AUCGGACCUCCCGCUGACAGGGAGAGCUGCUCGGACCUCCCGGUGACGUGGGAGCUGAUCGGUCCUGAAUUGCUCGUCUCCCGCUGACAGGGGGAGCUGCUCGGACCUCCCGGUGACAGGGGGCGCUCGAUGUCUGCCAACGGCGGCAUUCAUCUUUGAGCUUGAUGAUUGAGUAAGAUCCGCAUCUCAUUGAGAGUAACGGACGGCAGUUAUGGACAUGCCGCCUGUACACAGGUGCAUGCAACUUUUUGCUGAAAACGAGCAUAUACAAAGAAAGUUGAAGAAACUUCGGCUGAAAAAUGAACAAUUGGAACGCGAGCUUUCAGAAGUCCAGGGAAAGCUGCAAAUGCAACAGCUGAUGAGGGACUUUGUAACUACCAGAGAUGCUCAAAUACAAACAGAACCACAACCAUGGCACAAAGGAGGUGUUAAAGAAGGCAGUGUUUCAAAGGCAGAUGAAAGGAGCAAUCGACUGCUACAGAUGUAUAACGCUCUACAGAAACGCUAUGAAAAAGAAAUUAAAACCAACAAGGAGCAGAGUGAAAUCAUCUCUAAUCUCACUAUGAACAUUCAUGAGUUAGAAUUGCAGCUUGUGACAUCAAAACAAAGAAUUCAGCAGCUGGAACACCCUCCAACAGUGAGGAGACGAAAGACACCAACACCAGAGCACGGCAUUACAUCUCCUAAACACCAGUCUGAUGGCAAGAGAUGCUGCUCACCUGACUGUAUCCACACUGAGUUGUUGCUGGAGAUAGAAAGACUGCAAAAGGAUAAGAACAAACUGAUAAAAGAGAGACGUAAUCUGAAAAAUGAGCUAGCUGGACUAGACAAGGGUUUCUUUGAGGAAAUUGAAGAUUUAAAAUAUGCUUUGCAAGAAUCUGCUAAACUGAAUAAAGAGUAUGAAAAAUGUCUACGGGCCAUGUGUGAAAAAUGUGGCCUUCCAUUUCCAGAAACAUUAUGUCCAGUUACCACAAAAUGAAAAAAGUAAUGAAUGAGACCAAUCCUUUUUCCUUAUGUACAAAAAUUGUCAUACUUUUAGAAUGUGUCAUUUUUUUUUUAAAAACAAGGACCUGGAGUUGCUGUUCUCUUGCACUGUUUCCUUUUCACUCAACCGAUGCAUAACCCAGUGCAAAAGGUCAUGAAAUGUUAAGCAUGAGCUGUGAUCAGAAGCCAGUCCCGUUCAGAAAUCUAGCAGUGCUCUUGAUGAGUAAAUUAUCAGUGGGACUUUCCACAACUUGCACUUGUUCAUAGACAUUUGGGGAGAUUCCAGAAUUUAAGAUGGCUCUUUUAGGCACAAUCAUUAUAAAUAAGUGUGUUUUAAAAAUUUUAGGUUUUUAAAAACCAAAUUGCUAAUGAACUCAUUGCCCCAAUCUAACAAGGUUAUUUUUUUAAAAUGCGUUCAUUAUUUUAAGAUUGAGCUAUUCAUGAUGGUGAGCAAUUUAAUAAUGGUAAUUAAUCCAUGCAACUUAAUUAAUUCUACCUUAAGAUUUUUCUUGUGAUAAGCCAAUAUUUCAGCUGAACUAAUCAAACCAUACCUACUUACCAUUCUUAAAAUCAGCAAGGGAUAUAUAAUAAUUUAAAACCCUGCCCAAAUACACUGAUUGGUUCAUGGUGAGUUUUGCAUUCAGCAAUACUCAAAUUAAUUUGAGAAGGAACUGGGCACUAUUUACCCUAGAAUAAGUAUUUGUGUCUAAAGUGGAGACCAUUCCAUAGUAUUUAAGCAGCACACCAUAUUGUUAUUUUGGGUAUGUUACUUAGUAUAGUGACAGUAAAACGAUUUCUACCAAUGGGAGUCUAUUUCUUUAAUCUGGGCUGCAAAUGAGCUUCAAAAAAAACAAAAUCUCUUUUCCACACUGGAGGGAGGAAAUAUUAAAUGGACUAUUCACCAUGUUGUGGCUGGGUUCCUCUUGGAAACGUUUUCAAAAGCCCCAUGACCUUUCCACCCUCUUGCAGGGAAAUAUGUGGAGGAUCCAUCCAGUGUCUAUUUUAUAGAAAACUACUUAUUUACUUAGCAACAAAAAAUCAGUACAAUCCACAGUAAAAUGAUGACCAAAACUGCAGCAGACUUAAAUGGAUUAUUCCAACAACAAAAUGCAGAGAGUGGAGAAUAGUUACAUAAUACUGAUGGUUUGUGAUCCCAAACAUUUGUGCAGGGCAAGCUCCGAGAGUGAUUGACUGGUAAACUACCCAAUCAUCCUCAUUCUGAGCAGCUACUUGUCCCUAUAUUCAGUCCAAAGGAAAUGUUUGAAAAAGUUACAUUUUUUAAUAAAAUGGUUAAGUAAUUAUUUGUUAAGCAAUUUUAAGUUUUGUUAGAAACACAUUAUUUCAUCUGUUUCUGUGCAAACAGUAGUUGGAAUAAUCAAGUUCAUACUGCAGUGUCCUCACAUUCUAAGCCCAGUUUCAAAAUUUUUGAAAAUGGCAAACAUGUCAGAAUGGCCAGGGCUGUCACCUGUUAACAGGGCUUUCCUCCUUUCUAUGAACAGGACAACAUUUGAAUUUUUAUAGCACCUUCACAACCUCAGGAUGUCUAUUUUGAAGUAUGGUCAUUGUUGUAAAAUGGAGAAAACUGCAACCAAUCUGUGCAACAGGAUGACUGGCGUUAUAUAACCUAAAUAAGACCUCAGUAAGAAAACUUAACAGUUCUGAAGAUUUUGAAACAUUAAU